UUUGGCAAGAUUUGUGUUUGUUGAUAACUUGAACUCAAAGACAAACAAGCCACUGAUAUGAAACUUUUACCACUAGCGAUAACACUGACGGUGCUGGAUCUAUGCCUAUCUUUGGAACGUUUUACAGACCAACCCCUACAGAUAUCCGGCCCGUCCCUCAGCGUGGAGGGUUCCAUCUGUGUGGUCACGUGCAGCGCUCACAUGUUUGACCCUUCCCUGCCACCCCAGCUGUCAUGGACUAGAGUAGAUGGACUUCCGCACAAUGCUAAAAUAGUGGACACCACAUCCAACGAAACUAAGACGUACAUCACAAAAAUAAGUUUUACGAUAAAUUCUUUAGACAACCAGAAGGGCAUCACGUGCCAUUAUAAGCUGGGCAACGACAGGCGGAACAUCACAUUUGUGCCAAAUGUUAUCUUGAUGCCGACGCAGCCAGCGUGGAUUGGGCCAAGGGAAGUCAGGCCAGACGUCAAGUACACAUGGACGUGCAUAUCAAGAGGCGCAAGCUACGUCAUGCCAAGUGUGGUCAUCAGAAACGUGAAAAAUGACUUGAUAAGCAGUCAACGUGUGAUGAAACACAUAAAUGUACCUCACAAGAACACAGUUUACUUGGUGACCCUGAUGGUGAACAUGUCCCUCCCACGUCAGAGCAACCCCUUCAUCAUGCAAUGCAUCGUCAGCCAUCAUUUCAUGAACUACAGUCAUACUAAAAUGGCUGAGAUAAGCAUUAGUGUAACGGGUUCUGCACACAGUGAAAAUAGAGGGGUCUUAUCCAUAGACGACUACUGCGCCAUGGAACUGCCUGGCAGAAAAAAGUCUGUCAUCCCAAGAGUGAAUCUCCUGCACAUGUUACAGUUGUGCAGCGGUAUAGAAAAGUACACCGAGUGUUUGAUCACAUCGAAAAGUUACGACGACACCGGCCAGCCGUACACGAUCAAACUGUUCGAGAAACAAUUCCCGAGUAGCUACGAUCUCACCCGUGGCGGGUACUUGUUCUGUACACAAGCUUUGGGAAGAAUAACCAGCAGCUCCCUAUACGAUAACAAGGAGCUGGCGGACUGUGAGGUGUCUGCAGACACGCGCCAUUGUGAGACCGCGGCCCACUCGGAGGAGAAUUUGAAAGAUUUACGCGCAGCUUUUAGAACCAGCAACCAAACAGAGAUACAUAGACUCUCCUGCAAACUUUCACUGGAUUACAUCAAAUGCUUACAGGAUGAGUACCGCAAAUGUGACGCAGUCGACACUGACGUGUUUUUUCUCUACCAUUUCGCUCGCCUAGGAGACAACUGCCUCUACGAACACAAGCACAUGAGCGACCUGCUGUUCUUGGAGAACUGCGGGGUCGAGCAUUCAACGAGCGGCACCUCGUCCAUCAGGGCAGGAGUGUGGCUGAUGCUGGCUGGCGCUAUUGGAACCAGUCUUGUCUACAACAUGGCUGUCUAG